AUGAACGGACAGGAAGCCAUUGCAAUAGUGGGGGUCGGUUGCAAGUUUCCUGGAGCUGAUGGUUUGGAGGAAUUUUGGCGAGUUCUUAAAAAUGGCGAAGAUCAUGUCCAGGAUAUACCAAAAGAAAGGUUUAAUGUUGACGCCUUUUUUGACAUUGAUCCUGAUGCACCUGGUACAACAUAUAUAAGGAAAGCCGGAAUCGUUUCAGGAAUCAGUGAAUGGGAUAACAGAUUUUUUGGAAUUGGGGAGAAUGAAGCGAAGAAAAUGGACCCCCAACAACAGAUAGUUCUGGAAUGUGUCUACAGAGCUAUGGAAGAUGGCGGAUUUACAAAGUCAGACUUUAAUCAAUCAGACACAGGAGUGUAUUUAGGUGUAAUGAAUGGCGAAUAUGAAGAUGUAGCCGUACAUGAUUUGAAGCAAAUGACCAAUUACUCGGUGACUGGACUUAGUAGGAGCAUCAUAUCAGCCAGAGUGGCCUACUUUUUAAACCUUCACGGUCCGGCAAUUACUCUGGAUACGGCUUGCUCUUCUUCCCUUGUUGCGAUUCACACAGCGGAACAAGCCAUCAAAUCCGGAGAGGUAGAAAUGGCUAUAUGUGGAGGAGUCAAUAUCCUAUUAGGCCCAACAAUGCCGAUCGUAUUGUCAAAAGCAAGAAUGGCCUCAAAGACUGGAAAAUGCCACACUUUUUCUAAGAAUGCUGAUGGAUAUACCAGAGGAGAGGGAUGCGGGAUCGUGAUUCUGAAACGACUUGGUGAUGCUAUCCGUGACAACAACAAGAUUUGGGCGAUCAUAGCCACCGCCUGUAACCAAGACGGACAGGAGAAUUCCCCAAUUACGGCACCCUCGGGUGUUCAACAGGUCAAACUCUUGGAGAGAAUUUUCAAAAAAACAGCAAUACAUCCCAGCAGUAUACAGUACAUAGAAGCUCACGGCACUGGUACUCCUGUCGGUGAUCCAAUAGAGGUCAAUGCUUUGGGAGAUUUCUUUAGUUCCAAUUUUAAUGGCCACAACAUCAGAAUUGGAUCCGUGAAAACUAAUAUAGGGCAUCUUGAAUCGGCUGCAGGUGUUGCGGGACUCAUCAAAGUCCUCUUAAUGAUGAAACAUGGUCAAUUUGUGCCAUCUUUGAAUGCAGAAGAAUUAAACGAAAACAUUCCGUUUGAAAAAUACAGAUUUGUAGUUGGCAAAGACAAUGCAGAAUGGAAAAAAGAUCUCCAAGGCUGUAGAUUAGCAUCUAUCAAUUGUUUUGGUUUCGGUGGCACCAAUUCACAUGCAAUAGUAUACCAAAUAGAAAAUCUUAGUUUACUUCGUAAAACAAACAAAGACUCUAACAAAGAUGUCUUAUUUCCCAAUCAUAGAGUAGUUGUGGUUUCUGCAGUUACACGAAAAUCAUUGAAAGAAAUAGUCCAAGACCUAAGGCAAAAUCUCAAUGAAAAGUUAGAGGAUAUAUCGUAUACAUCUGUUCUUCGUAGGGAGCAUUUCAAAUAUCGUGAAUUGAUAGUUGCAAAUUCAAUAAGCAAUCUAAAUGAUCAGUUGAAAUACGUUGCAAUAAAUGAUGACCAAACUGUUUCUAAAACGUUUUCUAAGUCACAAAAUAUAGUAUUUGUCUUCUGUGGUGUGGGGACAACAUGGACAGGUAUGUGUGCAGAAAUGAUCGCAAAAAAUCCUGUGUUCAGAAAAUGUGUCAUUGAAAUCGACACGUACUUAGAAAAGCUAAAUGCAAACAUGUCCAUAUAUAAAACUAUUCAAAACAGCGAUGAAAUUUAUGACAAUCCAAUGAAAACACACGUAGCAAUUUUUACUAUACAAAUUGCUCUCGCUGCAUCUUGGAGACACAUAGGUAUAAGUCCUUCCGCAGUUGUCGGGCAAUCCGUAGGUGAAGUGGCUGCAGCCUACGAGUGUGGUUCACUUUCACUUGAAGAUGCUGUUACAGUUAUUUAUCACAGGUCACUUGCAUUAACAACUUGUCAAAGUGGUGCUAUGAUGGUCAUUCGAAAUUGUCCAACUGCGGAGGUAAACCAAGCAUGUACAGAACUUUCUAGAGAUAGUAGAAAUAAAGUCAAUAUUGCCGUUUACAACAGCGGAGAGUCGAGCACAGUAUCUGGAGAUAAAGAAGCGCUUGAAAGAUUAAAGACACGUUUGCCAAAUGAUGCUUUAUUCAUUCCUCUGAAUGCUCCAUGUGCAUACCACAGCCAUCACACAAAACAGGCCAGUGAACGCCUCUUCGAAAUACUGCAAAGACUUCGACCAAACACACCGCGAGUUCGAAUCUUUUCAACGGUAGAAGGAAAGGAAAUUCAGAAUGACUUUGCUACAGCAAAGUAUUGGGCAUCCAAUGUUUUACAACCCGUGCUCUUUAUGCAAGGGAUGAAGUCAGUCAAGAAUGAAUUGAAAGACGUUAUCUUUUUAGAGAUAGGACCCCGGCCUGUAUUCCAGGCACACGUUUCAAAUGUUUUUCCUGAUGACGAUGUUACAGUCCUUCCCUCUGUUCAGAAAAAUAACGAUACCAAAACAUUUUUUAAUUCACUGAAUGCAUUGUUUGGAAAAGGUGUUACACCGUUGUGGGAAAAUGUAACUGAAAUGGAUGGGUGUCUCUGCACAUUUCCACGGUAUAUAUUCAACAGGCUAGAUUUCAGUCUGAACUCGGACAUGAUCAAUCGACUGACACAGGAAAACAGUUUGGAAGGACAUUCUGGUCGAAUGAUUAGGUUUAUACCAGGAAGCAACGGGAAAUUUAAUAUCUACAUUUCAAGGUCAAACACACCAUUUGUAUAUGAGCAUGUGGUAGAAAACAGAAUAAUUGUACCAGGGGCAUUAUAUGGCGAGACUGCACUUGAAAUAGGGAGAAUUUUGUUGACUGGGAAUGUAAAAGAUCUUGAAAUUUCAUGGAAAAUAAAGAGGCCUUUGGAAAUUGCCAUGAACGAGCAAAAGUCUCUUCACAUCGACACUGAUUUAGUUUCACCACAGAGAGUUGACUUUAAGGUCCGGGAAUCACAAAGUCCCUGGAUAUUAGCUGAGGGAAAGGUGAUGCAUGUGGAACAAGUACAUUCUGUAACACUUGAUGUGGCUGGUGUCGGAACAAGACUUGCAAAAAAUUCCAGUAAUGAUAUCUACAAGUUCCUUAAUUCAUUGGGUUUCAAACAUGGUCCAUCUUUCCGAAUAAUAUCUGAGUUUCAGACAUCAAAAAAUGAAUGCCUUGCAGAAAUUGUUUUAACAAAAAAUGUCCAAAUGGAUAUACCAAGAGCCUGUUUUCAUCCUGUCCUCAUUGAUGGAAUGUUUCAGUCUUGUAUAAAUCCAAACUUGCAAUCAGGUUUUUAUCACAAAUCCCGUAUUCUUCCCACUGAGGUUAAGAAAUUUAGAGUAAAACAAGCACCAACAUCGAAGAUGUCUUGUUUUUCAAGAUUGGUGCUGACUGAUAAUUCAAAACUAGUGUCAAAUGCAAUACUUGUGCGAGAGAAUGGACUAGUUGUAGCAGAGAUGGAAGGAUUUGAAAUGAAGAUAAUUUCUGACGAAGUUGAUAUUCAUAGGCUUUUCUAUGAAGAAAAAUGGCAGGAAAUCACUCUCCCUACAAAUAACUUUUCAUUCAGUAAUCCAAGUUUGGUGUUUUCGUGGAAUACGAAAGCGAUAGUUGAAGCUAGGGAGACUCUUUGUAGAACUUGCUCAAAUUUAGAUAUUGUCAGUCUUACAUGCGACGCAGAAAGCGAAAAUUUCUUUUCAUCAUUGAAAGAAAAGAGAGAUGUUGAUUUAUACUUUGUUCCUGGUUUUUCAAAAGCUGAAAACGAUGCUAAUGGGAAUCACGUAUUAGAAGUUGUGAAAAAGUCAUCCCACAUUCUUUUGAAGGUACUUCAAGAAAUAGAUAUGCAAAGCAUGAGUUUAUGUGUUAUUACAGAAUGGACACAGGGUGGUGAAGAGAGGGAAAUCUAUGGAAUUUUUGGAUCAGAACUCUGGGGAAUCAGUCGAUCAUUUCAAAAGGAACACCCUGAAUUUAAGCUCAUAAUGAUAGAUCUCCAUGGAAACUUGAACGACCUCCAAAAUUCAUUUCUGACAGUAAUCAAUGCUGUGAAAAAUGACAAGCAAAAUGAACUACCUCGAGAAUACAUCAUAUCAGCAACGGGAGUGCUUUCAAAAGAGAUUCAAAAUAUGCCAUUGAAUUAUUUUGACAAUACUGUCAAAACAAUUGAACCCUCAACGGAAAACGCGUUUUCUGUGCGGAAAAGGUCAGAGUUAGACAAUAACACUUUAUUUCUAGUUCCAAGCUUAGAAUCUUCAAACACUGACAAGGAAAAUUGCAAUGUUUCGAUCCAGGAAGCAUUGUUGUGUUCCAAAAACGAGUUAUUUCUGCAACAAAAAACAAUACCGAUCACAAAUUAUUGGGGUAAAAGUUUUGAUAUCGGUACUGCUGUAGUAGCAUGUGAGUUUAUAGGACAUUUAACAAAAAAUGGGAUACAAGUUGUCGGAUGUUGUCUUAUCAAUGUAGCCAGCACUAUUAAAGUAAACAGGCUUUGUAUAUGUGAACUAUCAGAGGUACCGUUUUACAGGACAGGAAUGUUUUUAAACACUGUUGUUGCAAUGUGUUUGGCUGGCAAAAUCGACAAAAAGAAUCAUGUCUUCAUACUAUAUGACAAGCAAUGCAAGGAUAUCACAGACAUUCUGAAAGCAUUGCUACAAAAGAAACAUUGUAUAGUAUUAACAGAAGUAUUUGACGCUUCAAAGGACAGUCAAGACCCAACAGCAUCAAACCUAAUCGUGCUCUCAAAACAGGUGGUGUGUUCCUUCGACGUUAUUGUGAAGUGGUUUCCAAAGCUUCAACAAUUACUCAGUAUAAAGGGUUUUUUGCCAUUGUCUACAACAUCAAACAAUCCAAUAAAUUACCCAAGCAGAAAAUCGUGCUUGAUCGAUGUUUUUGAAAUAUGUGAGCCAACAAACAUGCAAAAACAAUUUAUACAGGCAAAACGUAUCCUGCUUGAAAAUAGAGAUAUUGUUUCGCGGAUGUCCCCACAAAGUUCAGAUUGCAUUUUGAACCUAUCGUCAAUGAAAGGAUCUACGAAAAUAGAAGUUCCAAAUGAAUUGUUAGUAAGGAAAGACUCCGCAUACAUUGUUAUAGGUGGACUGUCGGGUCUAGGUUGGGAAGUAACGAAAUUUUUGGCCGCUCGUGGUGCAAAAGUGGUCAUAAGUUUAUCAAGACGCACUCCAUCUGAUGUAGAGAAUCGGCGCAUAGAAAACACCAAGAAUAUCCGAAAUUCAGUCAUCCUGCAUGACAAAGUAGAUAUAACUCAAAGAAAAGACUUAGAGCACGUCUUUUCCAAACUUGCACGUCAGCUUGAAGAUACCAAAAUUCGUGGAGUUUUUCACGGCGCAGGGGUUCUGCGGGAUCAACCCAUUAGCAAGAUGACAAAUGAAACAUUUGAUAUUCCUUUGAUACCGAAAAUAUUAGGUACGUGGAAUUUGCAUCUCGUGACAAAAGACAUGGAUCUGGAUUACUUUGUCAUGCAUUCAAGUAUUGUGUCUCUUUUUGGCAAUAAAAGCCAAGCCAACUAUGCUGCAGGAAAUGCGUUUAUGGAUGCAUUUGCUUAUUACAGACGUUCGACUGGAAAGGCAGCACAGGUGAUAAACUGGGGAUUACUUGCAGUCGGAAUGGGAGCAGAUCAAAAUAUUCAGUCAGUGAAUGCUAUGAAUGGUUUUUAUGCUUUACCAAAACAUAAAAUAAUUUUUGCAUUGAAUCACGCAUUGGUUUCAAACAGAGUACAAUUUGCUUUUGCCGACAUCAAUAUGUCUUUAUCGUCUGAAGGUUUGGCGAAAGAGGGAAAAGAAUUUAAACAAAAUAACAAGCAGACAACGAUUCCAGAUUUAAACCUUGUUAAUAAAGAAUCAUCCCAAAGUAAAGAAGAGUUGCUUCAAUCUUGGGUUGAUUUUGUCAAAUUGUCUGCUUCUUUGGUUUUGUCCGUUGACCAUUCAGAAAUAAAGGAUUCGUCAAUUCUUCUAGAUUUUGGUUUGGAUUCACAGAAAGCAAUAGAGCUCAUCAAUUAUUUAUUUGAAUCUAGUCAUAUUCGGCUACCUGUCGUUUAUUUAAUGUCAGGAAAAAACACAGUAGUUGAAAUAGCUGAAUAUUUCCUUUCCAGAAUGUCAAAAGUAGACGUAACAAAAGAUGAUGAUUACAUAUACGAAAGUUUGUCAUAUCUGGAGCAACAUUAUCUAGAAUUACAAGAAAACGAUCCAGAUAAUCCGCAUUUAUUAAUUACAGUAGACUUCACUGUGUUUUGGGAAUUGAAUUGCGUAGAAACAUGGAAGAUUUCUCUCCUUAAUCUGAUUGCAUUCAAUCCAGAAUGCAGAACAAUACUUCAAGAGACUGAGCCUGGUAUGAAGCGUGGUAACAAAAGAAAGUGCAUCAUAGAUAUUGAAGAUGUUUGCUUCAAUUUUAUCACAGUUUCUUCAAAGUCCGAAUUGGAAAAGGUGUCGAGCGGCAUAUCAAAGUUUGAUCCAUACGAAGAUAUUCCCAUAAAAGCUAUCUUUUGGAAGUCUUCAGGAUUCGGUGUUCUCAGAAUUUUGUUGAACCACAGCAACUUCGAUAACGGAUGUGUUAGGGUUAUCGCAAAAGAUCUGGAAUAUAUUACCACACAAAACCUAUUCCAUCGACGUUUUUCAGAAGUAAUUGUGCGUCAGCCAAUAGACUCAGCUUUGUUGAUGGAAAAGCAUUUGAAUGAACGAAUAGACGAACUAAGGACUUACUGGAACCAGGAGCUUUCAAAAUGCAGAGAACCACAAAGUUUUCGACUGAUUGAAAAAGUAGAAGAUGAAAGAGGUUCAAAUAUAAGUGAAGUGAUCAGGAAACACUUUGAAGUCAAUCAAUUACAAAAACUGGAAGAGGUGGCAACAAGACAUCAAAUUACUCUAUUUUCGCUAUUUUGUACCGCUUUUCAACUAUCGCUUCAAAAGCAAUUGAACUGUCAAAGACCAUGUGUAAUCACCGCGGUGGAUACUAGAUUACAUUUCCCAGAAUUUCUUGAACGACCAACUCUGUGCGUUAAUUACAUUCCCAUCGUUUCACCAGAUCUGUCAAACCCAAAGUCCACGUUGCAUGAUAUUCUGAACGAAAAUAAAACUGUUAUUGCUGAAGGAGUGUCCAGAAGUCUUUUUCCUUUCAAACUCUUGAAGGAAUUGCCCAAUUUUAAAGAAGAAUUACACACAGUCCACUCGAUAAUAAUGGAAGACUUGACAAUUUGGAAAGCUUUCAACAUUUCGCAUAUUAAGUUGUCGAAUUUCAGUGUGGAGCAAGAUUCAUCAUAUGAAACAAAUCUGAGUGUUAUCAUUCAGCCAGACAGGUCUCUGGAGCUUAGAAUGAGGUAUUCCGUGGAAACAGUUGGGAGAUAUUAUGCAGAAAACAUUCUUGAAAAUAUUGAGAUGAUCCUAGGAUAUAUUGUGUCAGAUUUUAACUUUUGCAUCAACACUUGGCGUUCCUUUUGCAAAAUGGAGCAGAAAAUAGAAAGUUCAACAUAUGAACAUUUCUUCCUGUACGACAGAAAGGGAAAAGCAACGGAAAAGAAAAUAGAGAUAAGACAACAUCCUACUUUCACAUUGGAGUGGGGUAAACGCCGAAAAAGAAAAGUCUGCAUUUCAGAGAUAAAGUUUAUCAGGGGCUUCAACACUGAAGAUUUCUAUGGAAUAUUUCUUAAGACCUCGGAUUCAGGACUCCGUUUUGCAGUUAAAGAUCGAAGAACUCGUGACGCCUGGAUUGCUGUUCUCAGGAGGAAAAAGUCCGAAUACUGUGAAGAACCAUUCGAGUGCACUAAACUGUGA